AUGGCUUCCACGUCAGCUCUCGUUCUGCCUCCCGCCAAACACCUCGUCACGUUUAUCGGUGCCCCUACCACGAACAAAGCUGUUGUGGCAGAGAAGAAGCAGUCCCUUUAG